AUGAAGUUAAUUGCCAUCAUUUUCCUUUGUUCCAGGCUGUUAACAAGUUUCGCCCACCAGGACCAACCGCAAGUAGUUGACUGCAAUGAUGAGGAUGUAUUUAAGGCUGUGGAUGCAGCUCUGAAGAAAUACAAUAAUGGAAGAAAAAGUGGCAACCAGUUUGUAUUGUACCGCAUAACCGAAGUCAUCAAGACGGGAGACCGGGACAUAUUUUAUUCUGUCAAGUAUGAAAUCAAGGAGGGCGACUGUCCUGUUCAAAGUGGCAAAACCUGGCAGGACUGUGACUACAAAGAAGCUGAGCAAGCUGCCACAGGAGAAUGCACGGCGACCAUAGCAAAGAAAGACAAUAUGGAAUUCUCCGUGACUACCCAGACCUGCCACAUUACUCCAGCCGAGGGCCCUGUGGUGACCUCUCAGUAUGACUGCUAUGGCUGCCUGUACACCAUAAGAACUGUCCCCCCGGACUUCGACCCUGUUCUGAGACAUGCCAUUGAACAUUUUAACAACCACACUAAUCAUUCCCACCUCUUUGCUCUUAAAGAAGUAGAAAGGGCACAGAGACAGGUGGUGUCUGGAUCAAACUAUGAAGUUACUUACUUAAUUCAGCAGACUAAUUGUUCCAAGGAGAAUUUUACAUUCUUAACCCAAGACUGCAAGGCCCUCUCCAAUGGUGAUACCGGUGAAUGUACAGAUCAUGCAUACAUGGAUCCUCAGCAAAGAAUUGCUUCCUUCUCACAGAAGUGUCAGAUUUUAUCAGGAGAGAAUUCCAUGACAGGUUGCCCUGGCUGCCCCGUAGAGAUACUUGUCGACAGCCCUGAUCUGAAGGAGGAUCUGAAUCAUUCCAUUACAAAGCUUAAUGCAGAGAAUAAUGCAACUUUCUAUUUCAAGAUUGACACUGUGCACAGAGCAUCAUUCCAGGUGGUGAGUGGAUACAAAACUUUUAUUGAGUUCACGGCCAGGGAAACCACAUGUUCCAAGGAAAGUAAUAAAGAGCUGACUGAAAGUUGUGAGAUCAAUAAAGUUGGAGAAAUGCUAAGAUGCACUGCUGAGGAUUACUAUCGGGUA